AACUGCAUGGUGUAUUUAUGUCAGCUGCUUAACAGCUGUUAUUUGCUGCAUUUAUUUGUUGUUCUCAUUCUCUUGCCAGUUUGUCAAGGUUUUAAAUAGAAAAACUUUUGUAGCGUUAUAAAUAUAACUUUUUAAUAUAUUUGUUGUUAAAUCAAAUUUUUUUGUGUCUGCUAUAUUAAGCGCAUCAGUUUGGAAAAAGUUUAAAGCAGUACAGCUUCAAUAUCAUUUUGGAAAAUUUGCUUAUACAUUGAGUAACCAUAAUUUUUUUGUGACCUACACACAAGUCACCUUUAAGCGGAAACAUAAUACUUUAUCUAGCAAAAUGACAACUGAUUUUGAUAGUAAGUAUAAUAUAGUGGAUGAACCUACGCCUCUGAAUACUGAUUUAUCAGGACAUUAUAAACAGAGCUUCGCUUAUUAUACCUUACGCGAACGUUUGCCAGUGACGCUUACAAGUAUAAUUGAUAAUCUAGCCAAAGAUAAAGAUGAACUGGCAAAUGAAUAUGGCGAAAAUGCUCGUGAGGAAAUUAAAAACGUAGUUGGACUACUGUCAAAGCUCAAAUAUCAACUUCAAACUGACAAAAAUCUGGAGCCAUUCACAGAAAAUGAACCAGAUAAGCAUGUUUGGAACGACUUCAUUGAAAAAUUGCCAGAUGGCAAGAAUACCUUUUUCGAAACUUGCUGGCUCUAUGCUGAGUGUUACAUGUAUCGGAAAGUUUCUUCAUUUUUUGAAGCAACCACAGCGCUAAAGAGUUAUGAUUACUUUGCCAAACAAAAGGUCAAUGCACUACAGAUAAGUAUAGAUGCCAUGGAAACAAUAGCAAAAUAUACGCGUAACGUAGAAAAAAGUGCUGACAUGUUUGUACGUCUUCUCAAACUUAAUUUAUGGGGUAAUCGCUGUGAUCUUUCUAUAACAUCUGGUAAAGAAGUAAAACCGACGGAGGAUGCAGUUGAAAUAAUCAAGUCAUUGGACUCUAAUUUAAUUGCCGAUAAUACGGCAGAAAUUUGUGAAUGUAUACACACAAAUGAAAGUCAACAAUGUUCCGUUGAUUUCGUCUGUGAUAAUGCCGGCUAUGAACUUUUUACCGAUUUCGUACUUGGCGAAUACAUAAUCGAUAAACAGCUAGCAACCAAAGUGCGUUUUAAUGUUAAAUCUAUACCCUGGUUUAUAUCCGAUGUAACACCUACUGAUUUCUAUUGUACGCUUAAAUAUUUGAGUGAACAUAAUUCACCAAUUAUUAGUGAAUUAGGUAAAAAAUGGACACAAUUGGUUGAAGAGGGUAAAUUUGAACUAUCACCUCUUGAGCACUUUUGGACUAGUCCAUAUGAAUUUUAUAGAAUGUCAGAAGUUCGUCCAGAUUUGUACAAAAAACUUUCCGAAUCUCGACUUGUAAUUUUUAAGGGCGAUUUAAAUUAUCGUAAAUUAAUUGGUGACUACAAUUGGGACAAAACAGAAAGUUUUGUUAAAUGUUUACGUGGCUUUCAACCCACAAAUAUUUGCUCAUUACGCACAGUUAAAGCUGAUUUAAUUUGUGGUUUGCGACCUGGUGUUGCGGAGGAAUUAUUUAAAAUAAAACCGGACUGGAUGACCACUGGUGAUUAUGGCGUUAUACAAUUCGCUCAAGGCACAAAUUGUAAUUGCAACUAAAAUGUGGCAUAUCAUUGAUAUUAAAAUAAUCAGCAGUUUAAAACUGCCAAUAUUGCAUAUUGUUAUUGAUAACUUACAAGGAAAUACUCU